AUGCCGGCCUUCGCAGGUGUGCCAAGAGGACUCAUUCAUCGGUUUUGGCUACCAGGCGUCGCCACUACAUCUGCGGCUGUUCUCGUCUAUAGCUACCGUCCCCGUGAUUUCACUGGCCAUACAUCACCCGCAGUUCCGCCUCCAACCUUUGGUGCUGAUGGCACUUUCAAGCUUCCUCGAUUUCCUCGCGUCAGAACGCGCGAAGAGCAACUAGACCAACUCCGAGGGAGCUCACGGCCUCAAUUCCAGCAAUAUGACAUACUUGUCAUUGGGGGUGGUGCCACUGGUGCCGGUGUCGCUCUCGACGCUGCUACUCGUGGCCUCAAAGUCGCUGUCGUCGAACGUGACGAUUUCAGCAGCGGCACGAGCAGUAAGAGUACCAAGCUGGUUCAUGGAGGUGUCCGCUAUCUCGAGAAAGCCGUCUGGAACUUGGAUUAUAACCAGUACUUGCUCGUCAAGGAGGCUCUGAAGGAGCGCAAUGAAGGCAUUGAGGGGUCUUACUUUCUGACUCGAAGUAAGGCACUUGAGGCCUUCCCUAUGCUUAAACCUACAGAUCUGGUCGGUGCUCUCGUAUACUACGACGGUGCACAUAACGAUUCGCGCAUGAAUGUUUCUAUCGCAAUGACCGCCGCCCUCUAUGGCGCAACUGUUGUCAACCAUGCUGAGGUCACAGGACUCGUAAAGAAUAGCGACGGAAACCUUUGCGGCGCCAUAGUCAAGGAUCUCGUUUCCUUAAAGGAUGGUCGACCAGCCGAGCCCAUAACCGUCCGCGCAAAGGGUGUUAUCAACUGUACGGGGCCUUUUACUGACUCUGUUCGAAAAAUGGACGAUCCAGGCUGCAAGGAAAUUGUCGCCCCAGCAUCUGGGGUUCAUGUCAUUCUCCCUGGUUAUUUCAGUCCGGGAAAAAUGGGAUUGAUCGAUCCGUCGACGUCUGACGGCCGGGUCAUCUUCUUCCUCCCAUGGCAAGGCAACACUAUCGCAGGCACCACCGAUUCCCCUUCGACCAUCACAUCAAAUCCUCUACCCGACGAGAAGUCUAUCGAGUGGAUCCUGAGCGAAGUCAGCCGCUACCUAUCCCCAGAGAUAAAUGUUCGCAGAGGUGAUGUCCUCGCUGCCUGGUCCGGCAUUCGCCCGCUCGUCAAGGACCCCAAAGCCAAGAACACCGAGUCCCUUGUUCGAAAUCAUCUGAUUGAUAUCUCCGCUUCUGGAUUGUUGACUUGUGCAGGCGGGAAAUGGACAACCUAUAGGCAAAUGGCAGAGGAGUGCGUAGACUUUGCCAUUCAAGAAUUUCGUCUUGAGCCCAGGCCUGUCACAGAUGCGCCUCGUGUCAGCGGUACCGAUCUAAUUGACGAUGGGGCAAUAUUGGAUGGCAAAUGUCAGACGCACAAGGUUCGUUUGGUUGGUGCUCACGGCUUUAGCCCAACACUAUUCAUCCCUGUUAUCCAGCACUUUGGGGUUGAGACUGAGGUCGCCAAACACUUGACCGAGUCCUAUGGUGAUCGUGCUUGGACUGUUGCCUCGCUUUGCAAGCUGACUGACAAGCGCUUCCCCGCCCGCGGUGAACGCAUCUCCCAGCUCUAUCCAUUUGUUGAUGGCGAGAUUCGAUAUGCUAUUCGACACGAGUACGCCCAGACGGCCGUUGAUGUUCUCGCUCGACGCAUGCGACUGGCCUUUCUCAAUGCGCAGGCCGCCCUCGAAGCCCUACCCAGGGUGAUAGACAUCAUGGCUGAAGAGCUGAAGUGGAGCCGCCAACGAAAGGAUCUCGAAUGGAAAGAAUCUGUUGCCUACUUAGAGUCUAUGGGUUUACCGAAGCCCAUGCUUACUGUGACACGUAAGCAAGUUGAGCAAGGAAAGCUUGACUUUGCCAGCUCGCUGGAAUGGCAGAUGUAUUCACGCCACGAUAAGCUGACCGACUAA